GUACAGUUGCCGUUGCCGAGAGUAAGGAAAUUAAAUCAAGUGGAAAAAGAUCGAAUAUUGGGAAAACCGUGGGAUUCUUGAUUCUUAUGUCGCUGUUUAGUUGUUUGUCUUAUAUGGCAUCACUAUCUUCUUGGUUCAGGCGACAACUAAACUUGAAGAUUCAAACGAAGAAAUCAUGAUCUUGCAAAACAUCACCAGCGAACAAAAGAAGGAAAAUGCAACUACUCGAUCGCAUUCAAAUCAGGCCAUGAAUAACACUCAACGAUUGUCUCAAAGAGACGAAACGAUUGCAAAGAAUUUAGCAGAUUUAGAUGAUAAACGAGUAAAUUGUCAGAAAAACUUGAUCGGCUUGAUUAAGAAUUCCGGAGAACAAGUUGCGAAGAACAUAUCCUUCAUGCAACAAACGAUCGAAUGCAAUAGAGUGAACACGGGACUGAUUGGAAGAAUAAAUAAAAUGGAAGGAAUUAUUCGAGAAAUGAAUAGAACUGUUUCCGAUCUUCGCAGGCAGCUGAAGUUACAAGGACUUUGCCCCGUACAGAAUCGCGGUCAUUGCUUCUGGUCCGUAGUGCAUUCAACUAGCGAUAUCAAUAUGGACGCAGCAAGAAGUAUUUGUGGAGAAAACAAUUGGUUUCCUGCGAAUGUUUAUAACAAGCAACAUUUGAACGACUUGAUGGAUGAUAUUCGCAAACGUAUAUCGUCCUCGAGGCAAAUAUGGACAGGAAUGAAGGUCGAUUUAUCGACGAAUGCAGUACUCAUGCGAGACGGAACAAGGGCGUCGUAUGUCAAGUGGCGGUCUAGUGGAUUUCCGAACGCAGGAGAAUCAGGUUUGUAUAUUUACGUUCAAACUGACUCAUCAUCCAGCAGACAAGGAAUGGGAAACGAUCCACCUACCAGACAAUUUCCCGGCGUCAUUUGUGAAAAAUAAAAUUUAAUGUCUUCGAGAUGUCCUUAUGUUGAAUUAUAUUUCAAAUUCUGUAUUUGGUGAAACACAUUUUUAACAAUGUUUUACUUAGUUUUGACGAUAAGUUGCCAUUCCCGAUUAUAUCGCGUGGAAAGCUGGCUCACUAUUCCCACAACAUAUCUAUACUGAUGACCGGAAGACAUCCUUGCUCCGCCAGAUGAAUAAACCUUUUUUACCGAAUUCAUCAUUCUUGGUAUAUUUGUGAAAAUCCUUCGUUACUUUCUUCUCACACAAUCGGAGUAUUGAAAAAGGUUUCCUGUGAUAGUGAGAAACCUAAUAUUGGCAAAUGUGACAAGUAUAUGUGACAUAAAUGUAUGGCAUGUUAUAUAUAACAUGAAGCUUUCAACAGUUGAUAUUUUCAUAAAAAUGCUUCCGAGGUGUUUUAGAUCUUCGGCCUUAACAAUGAUUACAAGCAGGCACUUGUUUCUAAGAAGCCACUAGAUUUGUAAAUGCCGGUGUAAUGACUUUCUUUUUGAUAUCUUCGAAAACACAUAUUUGUUUUGCUCUCUGCCAAUUGGUAAAUAUACAAAAAAAUAUGCUUUUUUUGCCAUGUCUUAAAUUAGGUUUAUUCGCGUAGUGUUUUGCAUAUUCGUUUUCAAGUUUCUAUAAAAGUUCUUUCGGUUGAUAAGGUUGAAAUAAAAAAAGAAAUGACCGGGAUGAAAUAAUUUGUAAAAUAAAUGCAGCAAGUUAAUAUCAAAUCAAAUCGAUCUAAUAAAAGGAAGGUAAAACGAGACUCAAACUUCGAAACACAGUUACGUCCGAAUUUAUUAAAAUUAGUUCUUAAACAUUGCAAUACCAAUCACGGCCUAUCAGGCCUAUCAACUAAUUACAUUGAUUUAAUAAUACUUAUGUGAUAUUGCUAUUGCUGAAUGCUUGUAUAUAUAUUCUCCGUGCUUUUACUCUUUGAUUCAAUUUUGCAUGUUAUUAAUAAUACAUAACACAUAUAUAU